AUGAUUCCCAUAAGAGCCUUGCCAGCGCGGCGCAUCGCCAACCAUUACCGACCCUCCGUAAUACCUGUCUCGAAAGCACCUCUGAUAUCUGCAGCUGUUCCAUCGUCAGACUCUACACCCGUCCGGGGAUAUGCUAGUGGCCGUCCACAUCCUCCUGGCGGUACACACCGUAUGAACCUUGGAGGCGAACCAGAGAAAUCGGCUCUAGAAGAGUAUGGUGUUGACCUCACAGAACGGGCGAAGCAAGGGAAACUUGAUCCUGUAAUAGGACGUGACGCUGAAAUAAAGCGGACCAUUCAAGUGCUAUCUCGACGGACCAAGAACAAUCCAGUUUUAAUAGGUGCAGCAGGAACUGGCAAAACUGCAAUCCUCGAAGGUCUGGCACAGCGCAUCGUAAAAGGUGAUGUGCCGGAAAGCAUCAAGAACAAGAGAGUAAUAUCCUUGGAUCUUGGUCAGUUGAUUGCUGGUGCCAAGUUUCGUGGUGACUUUGAAGAACGAUUGAAGAAGGUAUUGAAGGAGACUGAAGAUGCCCAAGGCGGUGUCAUCCUGUUCGUCGAUGAACUACAUACCCUACUUGGGCUAGGAAAAGCAGAAGGUUCAAUCGAUGCCAGUAACCUACUCAAGCCAGCCCUCUCAAGAGGUGAAUUGCAGUGCUGCGGCGCAACAACCCUGAACGAGUAUCGACAGAUCGAGAAAGACGUGGCGCUUGCUCGUCGUUUUCAGCCUAUUCUUGUUGGCGAGCCAUCAGUCACGGACACUAUCUCUAUCUUAAGAGGAAUCAAGGACAAAUAUGAGGUUCACCACGGCGUGCGUAUCACAGAUGGCGCCCUUGUCGCCGCAGCGACAUACUCGAACCGCUACAUUACCGACCGUUUCCUCCCCGACAAAGCCAUUGAUCUCGUCGAUGAGGCUGCUUCAGCAUUGCGUCUGCAGCAAGAAUCAAAGCCUGACAGCAUUCAGGCCCUCGACCGUGAGAUUAUGACUAUCCAGAUUGAGCUCGAAUCAUUACGGAAGGAGACUGACAUAGCAUCGAAAGAGCGUAGAGAAAAAUUAGAGGAGACCUUGAUUGAAAAGAGGAAGGAAGUCUAUCGACUUAACGAAAUAUGGGAGAAGGAGAAAGCAGAGAUUGAAGCUAUCAAGAGGACAAAAGAAGACCUCGAGAAUGCCAGACACGAACUUGAAGUCGCUCGACGCGCCGGAGAUUUCGCAAAAGCAGGAGAGCUUCAGUAUGCAGCUAUUCCAAAACUUGAGGCUGCUCUUCCCAAGGAGGGAGACGCUCCCACGAAUAGCAAUGGAGACAGCUUAAUCCAUGAUUCGGUCACAUCUGACGAUAUCGCUGCGGUCGUGGGCCGAGCAACUGGCAUUCCAGUCACGAAGCUCAUGUCCGGCGAGGUUGAGAAACUGGUGAAGAUGGAGGAGCGUCUCCGCGAGCACGUUCGAGGGCAAGACGAAGCGCUGACCGCCGUCGCUAACGCUGUACGAAUGCAGCGCGCAGGUCUCACAGCUGAGAACCGCCCAAUUGCCAGCUUUAUGUUUCUCGGGCCAACUGGUGUCGGAAAGACUGAGACUGUUAAGCAGAUUGCCAAUUAUCUAUUUUCGACUGAAUCGGCAGUCGUACGCUUCGACAUGUCCGAAUUUCAGGAGAAGCACACCAUUUCUCGUCUGAUAGGAGCCACAGCAGGCUAUGUCGGCUACGAGGAUGCUGGUCAGCUUACCGAAGCCGUAAGAAGGAAGCCAUAUUCUGUUGUACUCUUCGACGAGUUUGAAAAGGCACAUCGCGAUAUCUCCAACCUUCUCCUACAAAUCCUGGAUGAAGGUUUCCUGACAGACGCACAAGGCCACAAGGUCGACUUCCGCAACACUCUCAUCGUGCUUACCAGCAAUCUGGGAGCGGAAGUCCUGGUAGGUCCUGACGCGCCAAAGACGGAAAACGUGACGCAAGCGCAAAAGGACGCGGUCAUGGCAAUUGUGCAGUCGAGUUAUGCACCCGAGUUCCUCAACCGAGUCGAUGAGUUCAUAGUCUUCAACAAACUCUCCAGAUCAGCGCUGAGGGACAUCGUCGAUAUCAGACUCAAAGAGCUACAAGCUAGACUCGACGAUAGACGCGUCAGUCUGAUCGUCCCCAACAAUGUCAAGGACUGGCUUUCCGAGCAUGGGUAUGAUCCAAGAUAUGGUGCCCGACCAUUAAACAGGCUCAUUCAGACGGAGAUCGGACGACGCCUGGCUGACUUGAUUAUUCGAGGCGAGGCGCGCGCAGGCAGUGUGGUCGAAGCCAAGAUCGAAGGCGAAGGACUUGCACUGAUACCGUCGAACACGGUCGAGUGA